GGAGAGAGAACAGACAGCCAGAGCGGCACAGAGACAGACAGAGGAAGAGCAGGGACAGAGACGACACACUCCAUCCGGAAACCAUGACAACCGAGACAAGCGCAUGCCAAUCCUCAUGACUGCAGUACACACUGGGACACUGAAAACCAGGAAUGAUUUGGAUGAUUUUGCUCUUUUGUUCAGGAUUGGUUUGUUUUUAUUCACCUGGCGUUGAAUCCAGCUCUCUCCGGCUGUUCAUCAGAACCCGGAUCAAAGGGAACAGCUGGGAACCACACGCCGGAGUCUCAUCCACUGUGACCCAUCAAUGGACUCCCUGAGGUGGGCUUAACACACCGCUCAUUGAUCCUCCACCGGAUCCAACGAGCUGCCGGCAGGCUUGGAGACAGAAUUUUCUUGAAAAUCGCCUGUAAGACAGAAGAGACGAAACAUGUAAGCCAGAAGACACAGGAGUCCACAUGAACCCCAUGGCGCAGCUAUACUACAACAAAGCCAGUGACUCCCCGUACCGCGAUCGCAUUCCGCUGCAGGUCGUGAGGGCGGAGGUUGAGCUGUCUGCCAAGGAACGUGCCUACCUGACGGCGGUGGAGAAGGGAGACUAUGCUGGAGUUAAACAGGCCCUUGAGGAGGCUGAGAUCUAUUACAACAUCAACGUGAACUGCCUGGACCCACUGGGCCGCAGCUCACUCCUCAUCGCUAUUGAGAAUGAGAACUUAGAGGUGAUGGAGCUACUGUUAAGUCAUGGCGUACACAUGGGCGAUGCACUCCUCUACGCCAUCCGCAAGGAGGUGGUGGGAGCGGUGGAGUUGCUGUUAUCCUACAAGAAGCCAAGUGGCGAGAAACAGGUUCCUUCACACAUGAUGGACACGCAGUUUUCGGAGUUUACACCCGAUAUCACACCAAUCAUGUUGGCUGCCCACACUAACAACUACGAGAUAAUCAAGCUCCUAGUUCAACGUAAAGUCACCAUCCCACGGCCACACCAGAUCCGCUGUGACUGCGUGGAGUGUGUAUCGAGCUCCGAAGUGGACAGCCUUCGGCACUCCCGUUCACGUCUAAACAUCUACAAAACACUUGCCAGCCCCUCUCUCAUCGCCCUUUCCAGCGAAGAUCCUAUCCUCACAGCGUUCAGGCUGGGCUGGGAGCUGAAGGAGCUCAGUAAGGUGGAGAACGAGUUCCGGCAGGAGUACGAGGAGCUGUCACAGCAGUGCAAACUUUUUGCUAAAGACCUGCUGGAUCAGGCCCGUAGCUCCUGUGAGCUGGAGACCAUCCUCAACCAUCGGGAUGACCACAGCGAGGAGCUGGACCCCCGUCAGUGCAGAGACCUGGCCAAGCUCAAGCUAGCCAUGAAGUACCACCAGAAAGAGUUUGUAGCUCAGCCCAACUGCCAGCAGCUCCUGGCAACUCUGUGGUACGAUGGGUUCCCAGGUUGGAGACGACGUCACUGGGCAGUGAAGCUUGUCACUUGCUUCAUCAUUGGCCUGCUCUUCCCUGUCUUCUCCCUUAUAUACCUUCUGGCUCCAAAGAGCACCCUGGGAACCUUCAUCAAGAAACCUUUCAUCAAGUUCAUCUGCCACACUGCCUCCUACCUGACCUUCCUCUUCCUCCUCCUCCUCACCUCACAGCACAUCGUGCAAACUGACCUGCAUGUCCAGGGACCUCCACCCACCAUCGUGGAGUGGAUGAUCUUACCCUGGGUUCUAGGCUUCAUGUGGGCGGAGAUUAAAGAGAUGUGGGAUGGCGGUUUCACAGAGUACGUCCAUGACUGGUGGAACCUAAUGGAUUUUGCGAUGAACUCCCUCUACCUGGCCACUAUAUCUCUUAAAAUUGUGGCCUACUUUAAGUACAACAGCUCUCGUCCUCGUGUGGAGUGGGAGAUGUGGCACCCUACGCUCAUCGCAGAGGCUCUCUUCGCCAUCGCCAACAUCUUCAGCUCUCUGCGUCUCAUCUCUCUGUUCACCGCCAACUCUCACUUGGGCCCACUGCAGAUCUCUCUCGGCCGCAUGCUGCUGGACAUCCUCAAGUUCCUUUUCAUCUACUGUCUGGUGCUGCUGGCCUUCGCCAACGGCCUCAACCAGCUCUACUUCUACUAUGAGACGAAUGCGUCUGAAGAGCCCAACCACUGCAAAGGGAUCCGUUGUGAGAAACAGAACAAUGCCUUCUCUACGCUAUUUGAAACUCUCCAGUCUCUCUUCUGGUCUGUGUUUGGGCUGCUGAAUCUGUACGUUACCAAUGUGAAGGCUCGUCAUGAGUUUACCGAGUUUGUGGGGGCCACCAUGUUCGGCACUUAUAAUGUCAUCUCACUGGUGGUGCUGCUGAACAUGCUCAUCGCUAUGAUGAACAACUCUUACCAACUCAUUGCUGAUCACGCCGACAUUGAGUGGAAAUUUGCUCGUACCAAGCUGUGGAUGAGCUACUUUGAUGAGGGAGGGACGUUACCACCACCUUUCAACAUCAUACCCAGUCCAAAAUCUGUGUGGUACCUGUGUGUGUGGCUGCACUGCCUUCUGUGUGGACAUGGAGAGCCUAGGCAUAAGGAGUGUAAACACGAAAGCCUCAAAGAGUUCACGGAAAGGCAUGCCGAUAACCUCAUUCAGAACCAGCACUACCAGGAGGUGAUCAGAAACUUAGUAAAGCGAUAUGUUGCAGCCAUGAUACGCAGCGCCAAAACAGAAGAAGGGCUGACAGAGGAGAACUUCAAGGAAGUUAAGCAGGACAUCUCCAGCUUCCGCUACGAGGUUCUUGACCUGCUGGGCAACCGUAAACCACCACGCCGCACAUACUCUUCUAGUAGCGAGGCCACUCAGCAGGACGAAACAGCUGAGUCUGAGGAAGAGGAGGACGGGGAGGAUAGGCUCAGAGGACCUGGAUAUGGGGAUGGGGGAGAGUCAUCUAGAUCUAAAGCAUCUACGUCCUUCUCCCAAUGUUACAGGAGAAACAGAGAGUCCCAGUUCAGUGUAUCAGCUCUUUUCAAGUCCAUGUCGGGACCAGUCAGAGGCAGACCAGAAAGCAAUGGCUUGAGAAACAACAUAUCCCACUCGGCUGCAUUUGUGCGGACCAGCAGCCGCCUGCAGCGCUUUUCGUGUUCCAAGAAAAACUCUUUGAAACGCUUGGAGAUGCUAAUGUCCCGUAUGAACGGACACAUCCCUGACCAACAGGCAGAGACCAAGGGAGAUCAACAGUCUGCAUACAGCAUCUCAAACAGCGUACCACAAACGUCUUGGCAAGGUCCCCAGGUGUUGUUGAAGGUAACACAGAGCGAGUUGCACCUGCACACAUUGGGACUGGGACCACCAGAGACUGAACAGAACCCAAUGCAGGCCAUAUCCCAACGGACAAACAGCAGGGACAGUCUCCUCCUCCAGCCACCCAGCCACUCGCUGCACUCUGCUUCCAGUCUGACCGCCUCCAGUGUCCAGCUCCUGGCCUCCAGUGAUUAUCUGUGCCACGACUGGGUGGGACCCUGUGACAGUUUGGGCCCCUCCAGCUGGGAACAAGAGGAGUCGGUUACGACAAAGCUGUAGAUGCGAAGUCAGUUCAUUAAAGUUUCACAGCUUAAGGCAGGGGUCUCCAAAACUGCCCCUGGAGAGCUACCGUGCUACAGAUUUCAGCUCCAACCCCAAUCAAACACACGUGAACUAGCUAAACAAAGUGUUCAGAGUUACUUGACAAUUACAGGCAGUUGUGUUGGAACUGACAUCUGCAGGAGUAGCUCUCCAAGGAGCAGGGUUGGAGAUCCCUGGCUUAAGGCGACUAGUUCAAAGCUUCAACAGCAGUGAAGGGCAUAUGACACUCAUACUUCAGCAUCUUCAUGCUUUGCACACAUUGGGCCUUAUUCACAAAAUCAGAGCAGCACGAAUUGUGUAAAAACAUUCGUAAAACAUCAAUGCAAGUGUCUGGUAGACCAUUUAUGUAACGCCUAAGCAAACGAUUUGGAAAAUGUGUUCCUUGAUUGAAGCCACUUGGAAUUUACAUUCAAAGGUGAAGCAUGUAAUUUAUUUGCGAAAAAAAAAAAAAAAUAUAUAUAUAUAUAUAUAAUGCUCAACACUCCCCUUUCUGCAAUUGAUUGGAUCCUAAAAAUUAAAGCAAAAUCGCAGACUGCAUCUGAAAUCACAUACUUUUCCUUCCUAUAUAGUAGACAAAAGGCUCUGAAGUAUGUAUCCAAUGGACACUUUACUAUGCCAUGAGGGCACGGGAGAGCAGUGAAGCAACGUAACUGAUGGAAAGGUUACAUGAACAUACACACAUUCAUACUACAUAGAAUGUACUUUUUGAAUGUUUAAAAAGUUAUUACAUAUUCAAAAGUGUCAACUUGGAGAGUAUGCGAUUUUAGAGGCUGCCAUGAUCUAUGCAUAGGUGUAGUAUUAAUACUAUUCGUACAUACUACAUUUACCAUGUUGGCAUUGUCAUGUGACCUACAACAUCAGUCAUUUUGAUUCCCCAAUAUUGACGAAUACUCUCACAUGGCUUUAUGGGGUAGUAAAACGUCUCUGCAAUCUGUUUUUUUUUUUUACAUACUGUUUUAUGAAUUCUACGAAUUUGGUUAGUGAUAAUUUGACGUACUAUGUUUCGCAUACUAUUAGCAGGGAAAGCAUGUCCCGAUGAGGGGAUUGUGUUACACUUUUCAGGUAAUCAACCUAUGAAUAUCGUAAGCCAAAUUUUCAUUACAGGGAAUAUUCAGAUAAAUAAAACGUCUGGAAUUCACCCCCUAGUGGCAGUUGUAAUGAACAUUUAUCCUCACCAUGGCGGAAAAUGAAUAAUCAAAUAUAAACAAUAGCUAGCUAUGCAUAUAGGGCAAAUGACUACCAAUUCUUUUGGAACAGACAAAACAAAUACAAAAUUUUUAUUAAUAAUUGUAUUCCUUAUUGCAUUUUACAACUAUUAAGUGUGUAAGAGUUACGCUGUACACUGGUUUCAUUAAAUUCAGGUUAGCAUGUUACAUGCGGUCUAAUAUCUCAAGUUCAAAAUUAAUACAUCCAAAACUUGAAUCGGAUCUCAAACAUAACACAUCCGCAUAUGAUCCCAUGAGCCUAUGUGUCUCUACAUAGGAAAUAAAUGAAUUCCAGUCUAUCAGACAUCAUUUAUUAUGUGCAGUGCAAAGGUGGCUU